GUGGGCAGAGCGUCAUGUGACCUGCGGCGCUGCGGGCCGGAGGCCAUGGCCGCCCCCCGCCCUCCCCGGGUGGUGCCGGGUGAAGCCUCCGAGAGCGACUCGGAGCCGGAGCUGCUGGUGGAGACGGCCGGGGAGGCCCCUGGGGCCGGGCUGAAGGUGCCGGGCGAAGCCUCCGAGACGGACGAGGAGGAGGAGGAGGAGCAGCAGAGGCCGAAGACGCCGCCGGUGCUGGCGGAGGAGCCGGCGGCCGUGUGGGGGGGCGGCCCCUCGCUGCUGCAGCAGCGGCUGCGGGAGGGCACGGGGCGGCUGCGGGGCGCGGUGGGCAGCGCCCUGCGGCACAGCUACGGCAGCGCCGCCCGCAGCCUGGGCGGGCUCGGCGGAGCCCUGGGCCGGGCGCAGGUGACCGCGGCUGCGGCAGCGCACUGCCUGCGCCUCGCCCGCCGCGACCUGGCGGCUGUGGCCGACACCAUCGACAUCGUCACUGCGUGUCACCUCCUGCCCGACAUCCGCGGGCAGCUCUGAGCGGCACCGCCGGGGCACUGCCUGCAGCAUCCCCACUGCGGCUGGCACCAACACCUGGCAGACAUCUACGGGCAGCUGCCCGCAGCACUGCUGCCCUCGGCAUCGCCAGUGCCGCAUCUGCCUCGGCGGGGUCAUCACCGGCAGGAUCAUCCUGCUGUGAGUGGAGUUGUGAGUUAUGGUUGCAGCACCUCACACUGACCCUGAAGACCUCCUCACCACGGUGGCAUCAUCACCAGUGUACCACAGUGACACCAAACAGUGGCUUUGGCACAGAGACCGCCAGCCUGGUGCCCCAGGACCUGCAUGCUCUGGUGACAUCUUCACUGCUGGCCAGCUGCCACCAUCCCUGAACUGAUGAGCCUGGUGCUGGCUCAUCACCAUUGUCCCCAAAUGCCACUGUUUUAUGAGACAUGGAACUGAAUAAAACUGUGGUAGUGUCAGAGCCAUAGUGGGGAGC